AUGGGUAUUCUUGAUAUUGUUCCAGCUGGUGUUGUUUCAGGCAAGGAUGUGUACAAGGUGUUCGACUACGCCCGUGAGCACCACUUUGCCAUCCCGGCCUUCAACGUUACGACUUCAUCGGUCGCCAACGCCGCCUUGGAGGCAGCUCGUGACGCCAAGGCGCCUGUGAUUCUGCAGCUCUCGCAGGGCGGUGCCGCCUACUUUGCGGGCAAGGGUCUGCCAAAUGACCAGCAGCAGGCUUCGGUCACUGGUGCAGUUGCCGCUGCCCACUACGUGCGCUCGGUUGCUAAGAGCUACGGCGUGCCAGUGAUUCUGCACUCGGACCAUUGCGCCAAGAAACUGCUGCCAUGGUUCGAUGGUAUGCUUGCUGCUGAUGAGGAAUGGUACCAGAAGAAUGGAGAGCCCCUGUUCAGUUCGCACAUGCUGGACUUGUCGGAGGAGCCAAAGGAGGAGAACAUUAAGACCUGUGUCGAGUACCUGAAGCGCAUGGCCAAGAUUGGCUGCUGGCUUGAGAUGGAGAUUGGUAUCACUGGUGGUGAAGAAGAUGGCGUGAACAACGAGCACGUCCACAACUCGGCCCUUUACACGCAGCCGGAGGACAUUUGGGACAUUUACAAGGCGUUCAGUGAGAUCACGCCAAACUUUAGCAUUGCUGCUGCCUUCGGCAACGUGCACGGUGUGUACAAGCCAGGCAAUGUCAAGCUCCAUCCUGAGCUUCUCAAGAUGCACCAGGACUAUGUGCGCGACCAGCUCAAGUCAGACAAGCAGAACCCAGUGUUCCUUGUGUUCCACGGUGGCUCCGGAUCUGAGAAGCAAGAGAUUGCGACGGCCGUCGUCAAUGGUGUUGUGAAGAUGAACGUUGACACCGACACGCAGUACGCCUACCUUGAGGGUAUCCGUGACUUUAUCCUGAACAAGAAGGACUACCUUAUGUCGCAAGUUGGCAACCCCGAGGGUGCUGACAAGCCGAACAAGAAGCAGUACGACCCACGUGUCUGGGUGCGUGAGGGUGAAAAGACGAUGUCCAAGCGCUGCCAGAUUGCUUUCGACGACCUCAAGUCCUCGAACCAGCUCUAA